ACGUUUCCUAGCAACGACCCGGAAGUUCUUCGUCUCAGAACGCGGUAAACUCGUUUGUAAACAGAUUUCGUUGCGCUGCUGGUCUUUAUGUCAGCUCAGAGGACUCAGGUUUUGUCUAGGUUUCAGUUCGGGUCCCGUGGCUGUAAUGCAGCGGAGCAAAGCGGCUGUCAGUGUGGAAGUGAAGCAGGUUAUCGAAGCUCUGUGUAGACUUUUAGCUGCCGCCGGCCUGGACGCUGUUCCGCCACCAGAGGCCUUCAGACGGGCAAAAUUUGGACACGGACCUGAGGAGGAUCAGUUUUGGAAGCUCCUGGCCAACAUUCUCCAGACGACCGGGGUAGUUUCCUCUGAGACCAGCGCUCAGAUACGAGGAGGGCACAGAAAGCUGGUGACUGCAGGUCUGUGGCAGACCGGCUACCAUGCUGACUGGAUGUACAGAAAGGAGGGCGGAGAAGGCGGAGAGGAUGGAGGGAGUUUCUCCAGCAGAGAUCUCCUCCUGGCGCUGGGUUGGCUGCUGGCUGCGGGAACUCUGGACAAACUCUUGGCACAGCGACUUCAGCAACUAGACAAAACUCUCAUCUCAGCUCUACCUGCGAAAUGGGAGUUUUCCAGUGAGUUCCAGAUGGAUGAAACCUCGCUGAGGAGACUUCAGUGGCUCAUCGGGAGUCUGAGACACCAGGGACGGACUCUGCUGUCCAUGAUACACGAACGGACUCGAGCACUUCAUGCUGUUUUUUCUGCCAGCCUCUCCACCUCUACGUCCUCCUCUGGUCAGAGCUCAGCAGCCCUGCAGCAGGACUGUGUGUGUUUGCAGCAGCUGUGUGACCUCCUAGAAGCAUACGUGAGGUGGAAACAGGUGGAGAAAGUCUUCUGGACCUGGAUGGACAGUGUGGUGGACUGCCAUCUGGCCGAUCUUCAUGUCAAGAGGUCUUCACAAGCACCCGGUGGGAGUCCAAAAGGGUGUCACCAUGGAGACAGAGGGCUGCAGAAACUGGACGAAAUGCUGAUGAGACUGCCGACAGAUCAGGAAGCACAGAGACGCAGAGGAUGUGCUGACAGAGGAGAGAGUUUACAGGAUGCGAUCGCCCCCUCCCUGCCUCCUCCUCCUUCCUCUCUCCCCACCCUACCAUCGUUCCCUCCGGUCUGUCGAGCCAGGCUGCAGCCUGAGAAGCCUGUUGCACCCCGCUGUUGCCUCACAGAGGGCCCCCAUGGCGAGGUCCAGGCUCCUCAUGAGCUCCCAGCAUCUCAGGCUGCAGAGCGUCUGCUUCAUGCCGAGUCUGUGCUGCUGCAGCAGAGGGACAGGCAGAGACUGGCCAACAGGAUGCAGCUGCAGGACCUGAUCGGCAGGCUGGAUGAGCUGCUGUUGAUCCCUCUGUAGAUUUUCUAACUGAAGAUUCAGAUCCCAAUGACUGUCGUAUUUAUGACUCUUCAAGUUUGACACAUGGCUGAAGCUUUUGUAACAGACACUGUGAUGUUUAAGAUUACACUUCUGUUUUGGAAAUGCAUCCAAUAAAAAUGUUUUCUCUUUA